ACGAUUAAAAAGAGAGAGAAAGAGAGAGAGAGGAGGUAAGUGAGGGCUGGGAAAAUAAAGACAAAAAGAGUAUACGUCACCCGCCCCUUGGUGAUAUUCACAGCCCCCUUCUUUAGUUUUUGUUGACCCAAAAAUAAAAAAUAAUAAAAUAGGUAUGAAUCCUUUUCAAGUCUUUCAUGAUAACAAGAAAUUUUACUUGAAAAUCAGUCAACAUACAGAUGAUUGUGCAGACGAAUUAAAUCGUCGCAUUCGAAACUUUGACAGCUUACAAGAGAAGGAUGCAGAGCUUGAGCUUUAUCACCUGAUUUUAAAACAUGCUCGUCAUUGUGACUUGUCUCAUUGUGUUGCUCAACAGAUGGAAGCCAAUUUACAGCAUUUGAUAUUGUCCUUUGUGUCACCUUCAUAUCCUUUACUCGUUUGCCGUCUGGAUCUUGUCAAACAAGACACUUUGAACGAAGAUCAGCUACUUUUACUACUUAAUUAUGCCUGUCACUUGUGGUCUGAUCCUCGUAUCUACGUACGUCGCAAAUCCAUGGAGCUUGUACAGCGUAUCAUUCCUCUUUUACCGCAGGUGGAUAUCUCUCUCAUUCUACAGUACCUUCACACGCUAGAUAUCACCCUUACAGACUUAGACAAGAUCCUCUCUUCUGAAUACACCGAAUUCUUCCAUACGCCUAUGACCCUGGAUCGAGAAUGCAUCAAACGCCUAGUCCGAAUCGUCCUCAGUAUUAUUUCACACCACCCUUUCACUUUCCCCCGCGAUGCUGCACCCAUGGAUUUGCCUAUCCAAAACCUCUUGCCUUUACUGUUUGAAAUUUGCUGUGCCAAUGACGAUGACACGGUGGAUUUCAUGUACACCAUCCUGACAAUUUUCAAGGGUGGAGAUACCCACUUGUUAAAAUCCUUGGAGAUCACGCCACAUCGUGUGUUUCUUUACUUUCUAAAGGUGUGUGGCGGCACGCAUGAUAUCUUGAUUGAUUUCUUGUUGGACAAAGAUUCGGAAUUCUUGAGCUUUUUCAUUCAAUAUCUAAAGUAUGCGGUAGAAGAUGGAGAUGUCUUGUUGGAUAUCUUGGAUGAAGAUGAAAGGGAUGGCUUAUUAACGGUGGUGGUGAAUAUCACCUUGGUCCUAGAAAAAGACGCAUUUCCUUAUAAUACAGCUCCCUUGCUAAGACGUCUCGUUCAAUUAGAAGAAUUACUUUUGUAAUUCAAGGAAAAAAAAAGUUUUUCUUUUUUUUAUUCUGAUAAAAUGAUAAUAAUAAAAAAAAGAAGAGCAAAAUAUAUGGGAAAGAGAGAAUGUUAUACAAAUGUUGUGUGUGUGUUUU